AUGGAACUGGUAGCAGGAGUGGUUACCCCCGCUGACGAACCAGAAAUCUCCGUGUAUGAGUUGAUCGAGAGCCCGAGCGACGCCGUGUACGCCCUCAUGGCCAUCGUGGAGAAGAGGCACGACAAGAAGCCCGCCGUCAAGCGGUACAGCCCCCUUGCGUACCGCACCUUCACUGAGAAGCGCCUCCCCAAGGUCAAAGAAAGCCGAAUUGCUUCAUGA